AUGACAUCAUCCGCACCACUCCUCGUGCGAAUAGUGAGCAGGAGGAGCAUCAGGACGCAUGCAAUUGAAUACCAAACCGUCAUAAAACGACUCAAACUCGUCUCGAGGGGAAAGCACUUCUCUUUAGUACACGCCUUGGAUUGUGGGCGAAGUACUGCUAAGAUACUCGGUGCAAUUGCGCACACUCCAAUGCACAUCGAUGCGACGCCCUUUUGGGCCACCUACUUAACCUUCUCAGGCACCACGAAGACAUCCAAUUCAUUCCACACUCAUGCGAAUUCUCAAUCUCUCCCAUCGAUACCAAAGACGGCCCCCAGCAUCAAAACCCGGGCCCCCGCAAACGCAGCCACAUCCUUCCAAAAAACUCAACCAAGGCGCGCAGGCAGACAACGUACCAACAGGAGGAUUUCAGUGAGACAUCGUCAGGUACGCCGCCGCCGAGCGAGGCAAGCGUGGAAAGCCGAGAGCGACGAGAUCACUGAGCCUGGGGACUGGGGCGGCUGAGGUGGCUCCCUGGCUGCCGAUUUCCUAGGAUACGGGGUCUUGAGGUUGAGUGAGGCCUGGACGGGCCAUUGGGCUGUCAUGCGGGAAGGCUGAUGGGUGCGCCCAGAGAACCAAGACGCUAUGUGAGGAAACAAGGGACGAACAGUGUGCAAGCUGCUUUUCAUAUGGAGAGUCAAGAACGAGUACUUCUGCAUUGAUACAUUUUGCUUUGAACGGCAGUGGGAGUGCAC